AUGCUCGCCCAGUACUUCAAGCCGGGUGCGGGUCCCGUCAUUUCGGCCAUCAAGUCGACCUGGUCUGCCGCCAACCUCCCCAACCCCCCCGUCUGGGCUAUUGACUGGGUCCCCAACCAGUCCCUCAUCUCAAACAACACCGAGGUCGCCCUUGCCGUCGCUACCUACCUCGCCGUCAUCUUCGGUGGCCAGGAGUGGAUGCGCAACCGCCCCGCGUACAAGGCCAAGUUCCUCUUCCAGUGCCACAACCUCUUCCUCACCACUGGCUCGUUUGUCCUCCUCCUCCUCAUCCUCGAGGAGAUUCUCCCCCGUCUCUUUGACAAUGGCCUCUACUGGUCCAUCUGCUCCCCCAGGGCGUUCAACAAGACCCUCGUCACCUACUACAUGAUCAACUACUACUUCAAGUACGUCGAGCUGAUCGACACCGUCUUCCUUGUCGCCAAGAAGAAGCCCCUCCAGUUCCUCCACGUCUUCCACCACUCGGCCACCGCUGUCCUCUGCUACACCCAGCUCGACGGUGAGACCGCCGUCCAGUGGGUCGUCAUCGGCCUCAACCUCUGGGUCCACGUCGUCAUGUACUACUACUACUGGGCCACCGCUGGAGGAGCCAAGAUCUGGUGGAAGAAGUACCUCACCACCAUGCAGAUCACCCAGUUCAUCAUCGACAUUGUCGUCGUCUUCUUCGCCACCUCGCAGCACUUCUUCUUCCGCUACAACAUCCCCCUCCCCUGGGUCGUUGACUGCACCGGUGCCGAGUACGCCGCCCUCUUCGGCUGCGGUCUCCUCACCUCGUACCUCUUCCUCUUCAUUGCCUUCUACAAGAAGACCUACAACGCCACCAAGGCUCGCGCUGCCGCCAACAAGAAGGCCCAGUAA